AUGUUGGUCCCGUUUCUCUCGUUUGCUGCCUUAGCUCAGGCAAGCGCGUUGUUCUGGGACACCGAUAAAUCCUACACAAGACCGCAAACCAUAAAACAUACAUGCACAUCAGCACAGUCCAAGGGCGUCGAAUUCAAAUGGACAGAUAUAUCUACAGGAGACGUUUCAACCUAUGAAGGGUUCACAUUUACCGGUUUCAAGGUCUCAACUGAUUUCCAUGGCUACGUAGGCAAAUACCUCGAGGGCAAACUCACAACCAACGCCUCAGACUUACAAGUCGCUAUGGAAGAUGGUGCAGAAUUCUCGGUGAGCUUGCUCAACUUCGCGACGUCGAAGGAAACGGAAAUCCAAGUUAUCUACGGAAUGUCAGAUGGCACGACUUGCAAGAACACAGCGUCGUCCGGGCCAAACAUGACGGAUAUUGCGAAUCAGCAGUGUGGAGGUGCUAUUUCUAUGGGCUUUCAAGUACCUGAAAGUGAGGGCGACGGCGAUAUUACGUUGGCGUUUUAUAGCAUCGACUUUUACUGUCCGCAGUUGACAUCGGGAAGUAAUUCGAAGCGAGGAUUAUCUGCGCGCGAUAAGAUCGGUGCAGAGGCACCGCUCGACGCAACUGUAUUUUCGACGAACGAGGUUACUAUUACGAGCUGCGGGCCGGAAAAGCCAGACUGUCCGGCGUCUUCGACUGCGGUGCCUUCGACUGAGAGUGUCGGUGCUGGGAUGCCUAGCUCUGCUGCUGCGGAGUCAAGCGCGCCUUGGACUCCGGGUGCGCCGUCGACUGAGAGUGUUAGUGUUGGUGUUCCUAGUUCUGCGGCUCCGGAGUCGAGCGUUGCACCUAGUACACCUGUCACUCCUGUGGAGACGAGUUCGAGUGCCUUUACGCCUAGCGAGGUUGCCUCUCCGCCUGUGGACUCGACUGUGUUUUCUACGAACGAGGUUACGAUUACUAGCUGUGGACCAGAGGUACCAGAUUGUCCCGCAUCAUCUACAGCUCUGCCUUCCUCGACAGAAGCUGUUAGUGCUGGGAUCCCUAGCUCUGCUGCUGCUGAAUCGAGCAUUGCCCCUAGCACUCCUGUUACCCCUGUUCAUGCGGAAACGAGCUCAAAUUCUGUUUUUGCGUCUAGCUGGUCUACGUCUGCCUCGCCUUCACAUUUGGAUGCUACUGUGUUCUCUACCAACGAAGUCACGGUUACCAGCUGCGGGCCAGAGGUAACGGAUUGUCCAGCGUCGUCGACUAGUCUCGGUGUUGGUUUCUUGAGUUCUUUUACGCCUCCUGCUGAAUCUAGCGUGCCAGGGGGCUGGGGCUCGAGUGUGAGUCCGGUUGAGACGACAUUGAGUUCUUUUGAAAGCAGCUGGGUUAUUUCCUCUUCGGCGGCAGUUACUUCGUCGGCGGUUAUUGCGUCGACAUCUACGUCUAUUGAAUUGGGGUCUUGGUCCUGGUCUGCGUCUGCAUCUGCAUCUGCAUCUGCAUCUGUUGAAACGUCAAGUUCUAUUGCUGUUUCGUCGAUUGGAUCUGUGGUGCCAUCUGACUCGACGCUCACUGAGACUGUUUCUGGGUUUGUUCCUGCUGGAUCUAUGGGUGCAUCUUCCGUACCUGUUGCGUCUACCCCUGUUUCGUCCACGCCAGUCAGACCGACCAAAUCCACCGUGUACAGCUCAGCAGCUCCCUUGACCUCAACAAGACCCGCGAUACCCUCCCGAAGCAGUUCCAUCCCUGUCAUAUCCUCCUCGCGCGCGGUUAUUCCCACACCAGAAUCCAGCAGCGCAAUCCCAUCGGUAACUCCAACCGAAGAAGGCACAACAACACUAGUCACCUAUGAAACUGUGACAACCUGUCCGAUAACCUCCACCCAUUACUCUGGCGGGAGCGCAGUGACGUCUGUGUACAGCACUCUCUCAACGCUAACGUUGACGUCUACAUCUACUGUUUGCACUGCGUGCAAAUCUGGUAGUGCUGCUGCUGCUAGUUCUGUUAUGCCUACACCUACAUCUACUUCGGUGAUUUCAUCGGUACCAGUCUCUGUUCCGGCAUCCUCAUUAUCAGCUUCGUCAACACCAAUUCUCUCAUCCUGGGGCAUGUCUUCUCAUGCUAGCUCUGAUCACGUGUCUACGACUGAAGGGACUACGACGUUGGUUACCUUGUCUGGAGAGCAGUGCGGCUACAGCUUCUAG